AUGUGCGUUCGAGCGAACCUAUCGGUCAACUCCGUUUGUAACAAGAAGUCACCCACUGUUGCUCUACUCGACAUGGGUCGGCAACCCAAACGAGUUCGAGCAAUUUCCACCUACAGUGUGAUCUCUGGUCGAAGUGAUGUGCUGAGCGCUGUUGCUGGAGGACACUCAAUCCCACAGCUUGCUCUUACAGAGUCGGCAACUCCCCAGUCAAUGGUGUUCCCACUAAACAUUGAAGAUGUCGAUGGAGAAGAUGCUGUGUUUACUAAGAAGCCUCGAAUAAGCCGUAGAGCUCCUCCAUCGCUUUCUGUGUUCUACUCAACCCCCAUUGUCAAGUACUGGUUAUCGCUGCUCUUUCGAUUACUCCACAUCGGAUUGCUUGCGUACUCAGUUUUGCUUCCCGGUUGCGGCAAUCUAACCUUAGACGCGGUCGUGUGGAUGUGGACAUUUAUUGCGUGGAUAGAGGCAGUAUGGGUUCUAAAUAUGAGAAGUCACACUACGCCUUUGUCAUUAAUGCCGUGGAGGGUGUUUGACAGUGUCGUGACUUUAAUAUUUCUUGUCGCCAUGCUUCUAUUUAAAUUUGUGGGCGACAGUCCGAUCUCCGACUUUUUUUACAUUCAUUAUUCACUAUUGCUUGGCUUACUUGACUUAGUCGGUGGACUGAUAUUAUUGCCUGAGGUGGUUGCCCGCAACUUUGUCGAGAUGCUCUCAACCGUCUACCCUAUUCGAGUGCUCUCAUCAUUCUUUUUGCUAUACUGGUGCUAUGCUACGAUAUUUUUCUACAUUCCUCUGUCCGAAUUAUUUGGUCCAAUUAUCGUCAGGGUUAAACUGAUGAUCCUCAGAGAUUUUACAAAUUUCCUCAUUCUUGUCGCUCUAGUCAUGUCUAGCAGUGCUGCAGCCAUCCAUGCAGUGUUGUAUCCAGACCGUGAUAUAUCUGUCUCCGUCGUCAGAGCAUCACUGUCCUGGGUUUGGCUGUCUUUGUUCACGACAGAUUUAUCCAGUUUACGAGAAUCCGACUCAUGUAAGAAAUCGUUCCUGGGCUCUCCAACCUCUUAUUGUAGCUAUGUUGGCGAAUACGGUAACACCUCUUGUCCUUCUCAAUCUGCAGCCGGCUACCUUGUCGUGCUAGAGUAUUUCGUGCUUCUUAAGUUAAUUUUGUGGCCGGUACUAUUUGCGUUCUUUGCAAAAACAGCGAAAUCUGUGGAUGAGGAAGCGGACAAGAUAUGGAAAUUUCAGAUGUACUCUCUCGUCACUGAGUUUAGCCUGCGACCUCCUCUCCCACCUCCGCUUACUCCGUUGUUCUUCUUUUGUAUGGCUUGCUGUCGUGCUGGUGGUCAGCUAGGAGGAAUGAUGUCUAGCUAUCCGGACCAUCCUGAUGUUGACCAUCGGGAUCGGACUCGCUGCACUGUACGCUUUGGCUCAGUUUACCGUAAUCCAUCGGUACCAGCUAAAAAGAACGAAUUUGUGAAUUCUUUCUGGCGACAGUUGAUGAUCGAUGGUUGGAAAGAGGAAACUCUACCGAAGCAUGACAUUUCGGAAAAAUCGGAGGUGAAGACGGUACAAAAACAACUGAGGAUGCUUGCGCUUAACAAUGCCUAUUCAGCACGUGAACGGAGGAACAAACAUGAGAUGGAGCUGGUACCUUACGCUGAUACAGAAAUGAAACGGUUAGCAGUACCGUCGGAUGAACGCUCUUGGCAGAUUUUACUACCGCGGUAUUCCCCUCCAUUCUACUGUCGCCCAGUUGAGGAGUUCCCUGCUGAUGCAGCGAAGCAUGUGGAAGUGGCUACUGAACAGAAUGUAAGGGAGCUACGACGACUUUGGCGUAGCCGUCAAGCCAUGGAUUCUGGUAGAGGGUGGAUGUUAUCCGCUGCCGGCUACCCCCUUAAUCCACAUGGAAGGCGAGGUAUUGCUGGGCGAGGUUGUCAUCCUCGAUUUGGUGCAAAUAAGCGGUGCUACUACAUAAUACUUGUCGGCACUACCAAUGAAGACUGUAAAAUUCUACUAGAUUCUCAACAUAACUUGCCUAACGAGCCACAUCCAGAGAGUAAUUCCAAAGACGAGCAUUUGGCUUCGUUGCUGAAGACGAUAGGUUUGCCAGAGUCAGAUGCACAGGUAUUCUCGAUGCGACGUCUGGAUUCUUCCAUUGUCGAUCCAACCGAAACGGUGCCGACAACUGACACAAGUCCGGCCCAUAUCGCAAGAUUCGCAGUAGAGCAUGACAUUGACACGGAUCACGCUUGGACAGAACACGAUCUGUGGGCAAUUUCGCUUAGGAAUCGACGAGUUCUCGAAACUAUUAUGGGCUACUUUUGGCAUCCUGUCACCUCACCCAUGUCGUUGCCUGCUACACAUACAGAAAUGCUCAACAAAACAUUACGAGUUAUUGAAUUCGUUUCUGCGCUGUCGAGGGCUUUCUCACAGUUGACGAAGGUUGUGACAAGGGCAGGUAAUAGUCGUCAUUUAAUAGGUAGCGCCGAAUGUGAAGACUACUGGAUGAGUGUGGAGGAGGGAAAACAAUCAACAAACAAGCAUGUAUUUUAUGUAUUUCAAGUGGUUCUGGCCUACAAUAAAUCCAAGCAUUAA